CUGCGCCUUAUAACGGCACCGGGCCGACCGGACACUCUGUACAGCUGUACGGGAGCCGGUUAAAACGCCGUGAAUCUGGGGAAGAGUCAUGUACUGGGACACCUUCAUCAAACCUGCAGACAGAAACACAGACGGCGCGGAGUCCAAGAUAAAGAUGGAGGUUUGCCAGACUGGAUACUACACUGAAGACUUCAGGACGCAGGAGGUUCCAGCCGGAUUCGACUUUGCAUCUUAUGACUAUCCUGGUGAAGACCUGUCUUUUCUGUUAGACAGUAAAGCGCCUGGACAGCAGCAGUUUGUGGCAGAAAGCAGCUACCCGGAGCCACCUAAAGCUUCACACUCGUACGACACCAAAGUGAACUCAAGCGAUGCUGCUCUGGUCAACCUGGACUCGUACCAGGAGUUCAACUGGUGGGCGUCGUAUCCACACGACGGACUGACAGUGGACCAGACCGGAUACCAGGAUUCUCCACAGACCUACCAGAACCUGGUGCCUCAGAACGGCCAGUUCAGCCCCGCCGUGGAGGGCAGCAGCAGCAACUUCGUGCCCGGGAAAGCUUCCAACACUUUACAAAGUGAGACGGAUCAGAACUACUACGACUCAGAUGGACCCAGGCCGUCCUUCUGGCCUGAAUACCCCUCUCCCAGCUUCCCCACCCCCCAACCACACCCAGCCCUGGCCUCCUGUCCAUCCAACCCCCAGUCCUCAGACCAGUACUGCCCCCGUGUGGCCAAACGAAAAAGCACGGCCCCCCAGAGGCCGGACAGGGAGGGUCCGAUGACAGGAAUGUCAGCUUAUCCCGGUUCUGGUCCAAUCCAGUUGUGGCAGUUUUUGCUGGAGCUUCUUCUGGACUCUGCCUGUCGGACUUUCAUUUCGUGGACGGGAGAUGGCUGGGAGUUCAAGAUGUCUGACCCCACAGAGGUGGCCAAACGUUGGGGUCAGUGCAAGAACAAACCCAAGAUGAACUAUGAGAAGCUGAGCCGUGGCCUGCGUUACUACUACCACAAGAACAUCAUCCACAAGACGGCGGGCAAACGCUACGUCUACCGCUUCGUCUGCGACGUGCAGGGCAUGCUGGGGAAGACGGCGCAGGAGGUCCUGAGCAGUCUGAACGUUUUGCCCUCAAACGUGGAGGCGUGGCAGCGGCCGGCGGCGUCCGAACACAGCAGCGAAACGUGGCCGUCGCAGUAGGAAAGAGUCCCAGAGAAGUGAGCCAAGAAAGCGAACACUGCUGCUCAGGGGCAUUUUACACAAGCUGCAUUUCAGGGCAAAUAAUAAAUUCCACAUGCAGUCGGUCCCUGUUAGCUCUUCAGUGACAGGUGAUGCUCAGUGAAGGUCCUACCAAACCAACAGCUCCUAAACCUCAGGGCUACAUAAGCAGCCGCUGGCAUUUUAAAGCACUAUGGAUAAAUAUUUCAUGCAGUGUGUUUGUAAGAAAGAAUACAUUUGUAAAUCCUGUUUAUAUGAACCCUGUGCAGUUUUGUGCAUUCAUAUAUAUAUAUAUAUAUAUAUAUAUAUAUAUAUAUGUGUGUGUGUGUGUGUUCUUUUUGUUUUACAUGCAAAACUCCUGUCUACCUCUGUUUUCUGACAACCUGAUGUCCUUCAGGCCCUCACUGUGAA